CAGAAAAUUAGGCGUCGAUCGACUACAAGAUCUUCACGCCAACCUUGAAAAAGAAGAGAUCAGACAAGAGGAUAAUGCAUAAAGAUCAUCAGUUAGGCUCAGGAUUAGACGACGACGACGACCAUGCUAUCGAGGACGAGUUGGGGAUUUUGCAAGAGAAGAAGGAGAGGAUGAAGGCGGAGAACGAGCUUCUGCGAGAGGUGAUCGAGCGGACCUUCAACGAUUUCCAAGCGUUGCGGACGAAGUUGGCAGGCAUCCAGCAACAAAAUCAUCAAGAGGAGCACCCAGUCUCUCUUCUUUCUCUUGGAGAGCAGAGCAGCUUCCAGGAGCAGAAGAAGUCGUCGGGCGGGGGCAAAGAAAUCCAACACUUUGCAGGCGAUGGCAAGCAGUUGCGUUUAUCUUUGAGCUUGCAAACCUACGCGAACCACGACGUCGACGAUAACAACAACGAUGUCAGGGAAUUGAGAGAACUAGAGACUGAAGGUCAGAACAAGGGCAAGGAGUUGUCCCAAGUCAUCACAAACCAAAGCAUCAACCCAGCCAGUAGAAAAGCCAGGGUUUCCGUCAGAGUUAGAUGCCAAGACCCUACUAUGAACGACGGCUGCCAAUGGAGGAAAUACGGGCAGAAGAUGGCGAAAGGGAAUCCAUGCCCUAGGGCUUACUACCGAUGCACCGUCGGGGCGGGAUGCCCAGUUAGGAAGCAGGUACAGAGGUGCAUGGAGGACAUGUCGAUACUGGUGACGACCUACGAAGGAACACACAACCACCCCGUCCCCGUCGGCGCCGCCACUGCCCUGGCUUUCACCGUGGCCCCCUCUGCUGCUAGCUUCAUGUUAGCAAACGACAAGAGUCCACCGCCCUACUGCUUCAGCCCUUAUUAUUACUCGGAACGCCCAGAUUGUUCCUCCACCAUCAGCAGCUUUGUCAACCCUGGCAUGAGAUAUUCCGGUAUCUUAGCCGGUGCGGCAGGAUCAUCGCAAUUUCGAGUUCCUUCUAGUAUUAGAUCCAUCCCCUGCCUCUCAAACAAUUAUAGCCUUCGUAAGGAUGAACGAACCAUAGCAGAAAAUGCUAGUGAUGAGAUUGCUGCACGCUCCAAGCUCAUUCAUCGACGAGGACAGUGAGUACGAGCCCUGUGUGCAUAUGUAAGCUUGACACUGCUCAUGGCUUGACUUUUGCAGUGCAUUAAAGUUUAAAAAUCAUUUCACGCGAAGGAAACCUGAACUUACAUUAGUGAAAGUUUGUGUGUUUGCGUUAAUUACUUAGUUAUUAUGUAUUAAUUAGUAGUUGGUAGCCACCA